AGGUGCAAGCAGGAAGCGUGCCACCAAGAGAUGCGCAAUCAUCUUCGCAGGCGCCAUCGUUGCUGCCGCCGCGCACACAGACUGCACCAAGCGCUGCCAGUGCCGCUGGUGCCGCCGCCGCAGUUACCAGUUCCAGCGCGACGCGGCUAAUUCACGAGCGCCUCACCGGCAGAUCUACAACCGCUCUGCUCCAACAUCCCACUGCCGACGGCACCAGAUCAUCAGCCUCGAAAGAGGCCGGGAGUGACGCCGGACAAUCAGGUCAGUUCCCACGACAACACCAGCAAACUGGCACGGCGACAGACACGUCGAGAUCGGCACGUGACACGAUGGCAGUGCCGUCCCAGGUCGCGCCCAGCGCGGCAGCCGCUAGCAAGCUGGUUACGCCUGGCUGGAUGCCAGGUGCGAGCGCGUCAGGCUCAUCGGAGAGUUCUGGCAUGCUGUGGUCACCUCCAUUAUCCCCACACACUCAACUGUCCUCUCCUACUUCGCCGGAGAAUGCGCCGGCCAGCACCGGUCCACUUGCAGCAGCUUCAGUUGGCGGCAGCUCAUCGAGUACGAUUGCUAGCCGGUCAUUGGGCAGCACUGAGCGAGCACAGGCCACGCAAGUGACCACCGGCAGCAAAGCAGCAUCAUCGUUGCCACAAGCCGCUAGUAGGACAUCACGACGGUCCAGUCUGCUGCUGGAUUCGCCCACAGUAGCCGCUACGGCAGAAGUCACAGAAGCCGCUACAGGUACAGUCGCAGACACAAUGAUGCAAGCGGCAAUAGCCAUGGAUACAGUCGCAGCUAGAGAGUCAUCCACAUCAGAAACAUGCCAAGUGGCUGUAACAGGAAGUACAGCUGAGGCAGCAGCAGCAGCAGCCACAGCAACACCUACAGUCUCUGUGGCAGACACGGUGUCGCCCACAGAAACCGCUGCGGCGGACGUCACAGCAGCCGCUACAGCAACAGUCCCAGACAGAAUGACGCAAACGGCAACAGCCAUGGACACAGUCGCAGCUAGAGAGCCAUCCACAUCAGAAACAUGCCAAGCGGCCGUAACAGGAAGCACAGCUGAGGCAGUAGCAGCCACAGCAACACGUACAGUCUCUAUGGCAGAUACAGUGACGCCCACAGUAGCCGCUACGGCAGAAGUCACAGCAGCCGCUACGGCAACAGUCGCAGACACAAUGAUGCAAACGGCAACAGCCAUGGAUACAGUCGCAGCUAGAGAGUCAUCCACGUCAGAAACAUGCCAAGCGGCCGUAACAGCAAGCACAGCUGAGGAAGCAGCAGCCACAGCAACACCUACGGUCUCUGUGGUAGAUACAGUAACGCCCACAGUAGCCGCUACGGCUGAAGUCACAGCAGCCACUACAGCAGCAGUCGCAGACAGAAUGAUGCAAUUGGAAACAGCCAUGGACACAGUCGCAAUUAGAGAGUCAUCCACAUCAGAAACAUGCCAAGUGGCUGUAACAGGAAGCACGGCUGAGGCAGCAGCAGCAGCAGCCACAGCAACACCUACAGUCUCUGUGGCAGACACGGUGUCGCCCACAGAAACCGCUGCGGCGGACGUCACAGCAGCCGCUACAGCAACAGUCCCAGACAGAAUGACGCAAACGGCAACAGCCAUGGACACAGUCGCAGCUAGAGAGCCAUCCACAUCAGAAACAUGCCAAGCGGCCGUAACAGGAAGCACAGCUGAGGCAGUAGCAGCCACAGCAACACGUACAGUCUCUAUGGCAGAUACAGUGACGCCCACAGUAGGCGCUACGGCAGAAGUCACAGCAGCCGCUACGGCAACAGUCGCAGACACAAUGAUGCAAACGGCAACAGCCAUGGAUACAGUCGCAGCUAGAGAGUCAUCCACGUCAGAAACAUGCCAAGCGGCCGUAACAGCAAGCACAGCUGAGGAAGCAGCAGCCACAGCAACACCUACGGUCUCUGUGGUAGAUACAGUAACGCCCACAGUAGCCGCUACGGCUGAAGUCACAGCAGCCACUACAGCAGCAGUCGCAGACAGAAUGAUGCAAUUGGCAACAGCCAUGGACACAGUCGCAAUUAGAGAGUCAUCCACAUCAGAAACAUGCCAAGUGGCUGUAACAGGAAGCACGGCUGAGGCAGCAGCAGCAGCAGCCACAGCAACACCUACAGUCUCUGUGGCAGACACGGUGUCGCCCACAGAAACCGCUGCGGCGGACGUCACAGCAGCCGCUACAGCAACAGUCCCAGACAGAAUGACGCAAACGGCAACAGCCAUGGACACAGUCGCAGCUAGAGAGCCAUCCACAUCAGAAACAUGCCAAGCGGCCGUAACAGGAAGCACAGCUGAGGCAGCAGCAGCCACAGCAACGCGUACAGUCUCUAUGGCAGAUACAGUGACGCCCACAGUAGCCGCUAUGGCAGAAGUCACAGCAGCCGCUACGGCAACAGUAGCAGACACAAUGAUGCAAACGACAACAGCCAUGGAUACAGUCGCAGCUAGAGAGUCAUCCACGUCAGAAACAUACCAAACGGCCGUAACAGCAAGCACAGGUAUGUAA